AUGGGGCUAUCAAUCUCCACUCCGGCGGCUUAUUCAUUCCGCUUUGACCGGAUCUUCGCAGAGAUCAAAUUGAUGCUGCACAGAGUGGCUCAAUCGCCUUCGCGCUUCCCAUGGCCGACCAACUUUGGAGAAUGGCAAAGGCAGACCCAUGCCGCCUUGUCUAGGAUCCUGGAUGACUCUCAACAAGACCUUGACCGACUGGAUGCUCCCGGUCGUUCUCGUGGAGUCCACAAUAUUGCCGUGGUAUCACUCGAGCUCAAAUACCAUCAGGCCAUCAUGCUGUUGUAUCGACCGAGUCCGGCGAUUCCCCGGCCAACGGCAUUGGCCCUGAAGUACUGUUUCGAAAGUGCAGUUGGCACCAUCUUAGCCCAGGCCGAGCUGCAGCGCUUCGGGAAUUUUGCAAAUUCCUGGUUGAACGCGCACACGGUCUUCAUCUCGGGCAUCACCAUCUGCUACUGCCUGUGGGUCAGCCCACAGAUCAGAGGCGUCACGGCGUCAACUACCUUUACCUCCUACGCCGACACGGUAAAGCGACUGCUGACCACCUUAAGCGCAACCUGGUCCGUUGCCUCUAGCGCUUUACAGAAAUUCGAGGCCUUGGUCCAACUCACCGAAACGUCGUCUCAGUUAAACAUGCCAGAAACCGUUCCUGUCAACCCUUCGAUUGCGAAGGAAGGUCAAGGAGGGCCGUGGCCAACCGUCCCGCAAAAUGGAUUAUCAGUCAGUGAUGACCUGGACUGGUCAAGCUUCGAUCUCGAAUACGACAACACCAACGCCUGGCCGCAAGAGCUGCUCGACGUCCCGGACUGGUUUUCUUUGGCAGAUUGGCUUAACGACUAUAGCUCGGCGCCACUUGCCUGA